GAUUCCUUCUUCGCGCCCUCCUCUGACACUCCUCUUGUCGGCCACUGCAGACCACGUUGCCCCGCCCAGGAACAGAGUCGUCCCAUACCUGCACGCUAGCCCCUUCGGUCCCUGCUUCUACACCCCCGGCGCCUUACUCACCAUCGCUCAAUCCGGCGCCAUCAGCACUCGAUACUCGUUCCAACAUGGGUGGUGGCGAAACAAUUGCAGAUCAGAUCCUCGAGACCUUUGUGCUCCCUGACGUGGCCCCGUCCAAAACUAGCUCCAAAAAGCUCAUCAAUCUUUUGCGAGGAUGGCCUAAUCUGUCUUUGCUCCCUACUCAAUUGCUCGACAGAGCAUCCCACAAUGUGCUCCAGCACAAGCCCACUGCCUACCCAGCUCUGUGCUAUGGCCCAGAUGCCGGUGACCCACGACUGCGCGAUAACGUUGCGCAAUGGCUGACUGCCUUCUACAAGCCUCCCGACCCAGUGUCUACAGAGCGAAUAUGCAUUUCUGGAGGUGCUUCGCAGAACUUGGCCUGUUUACUCCAAGACUUCACAGACCCCUUGUAUACGAGAAACAUAUGGAUCGUGGCACCGGCGUACAUGCUAGCUUUUCGCAUCUUUGAAGAUGCUGGCUUCCACAACCGGCUUCGGGCCGUUCCUGAAGAUGACGAGGGCAUCGACAUGGACUAUUUGAGAAGUGAGAUUAAAAAAAGUGAAGACAGCGCAAUUGCAGAGAACAACAAUGAGCCGCUUCUGAAGCCUCCGCGCCCAUUUAACAAAAUAUACAAACACAUCAUCUACGCUGUGCCAGGCUUCUCGAAUCCUAGCUCCAAAACAAUGAGCCUGCGGAGAAGAGAAGAACUUGUGCAUUUGGCGAGAGAGUAUGAUGCUCUUAUCAUCACAGACGACGUAUAUGACUUUCUGCAAUGGCCAUCCAGUCUCACCCCUAGCACUCUUUCAAUCGAAAACGCCAGUUUGCCUCGCAUCGUAGAUGUGGACCGAUACCUCAGUGGCGGCGCCGAAAGACAAGGUGCAGAUGGGUUUGGCAAUGCCGUUUCCAAUGGCUCCUUCUCCAAGAUUUGUGGUCCAGGCCUCCGCACGGGUUGGUGCGAGGGCACUCCAAAACUAGCCUACGCCGUUUCACAAACAGGAUCGAGCCGCUCAGGUGGAUCACCCAGUCAGCUGACAGCUUGUUGUGUGGCCGAGACGUUGGAGACUGGCGAACUACAGCGCUACGUGUACGAUACGCUUCAACCCGCGUAUGGUGAUCGGUACAGGCAUAUGAUGGAAGCCAUCAAGAAAUACCUGCUUCCCCUUGGUGUUCGUGUCCCGCAGACUGAUCGUGAGGUGGCGGGUGGAUACUUCAUCUGGCUCACACUGCCUCCGCCACUGAAGGGCGCCGAGGUAGCACAACGCGCAAAGGAGGAUGACAACCUAGCUGUUGCACAAGGCGAAAUGUUCGAAGUCCCUGGUGACACUAAAUGCAAAGGCACAUCUUUCAGCAACGACCUCAGAGUCUGCUUUGCGUGGGAAGAAGUAAAUAUGCUUGCAGAAGGCAUCCAACGACUUGCCGAUGUAAUUAGUCGUAUGUUGAGCGAGGAGGCUAACAGCGGACAUAGCACCAAGCGGCCCGCUAGCCAAGAAGAGGACGCAAAGGCCUUGUGGUGAACGAUUGGUAUAUCCUGUUUGAGUAGUGUAAGAGACUUGCCGAACUGGAGAUGUGUUUGUUGAAGCCAUUGGUAGGCUCAUAAAUGGCCCUGGAUCUUGUCUGCACGGUGACAUGUACACGCGAUCCAGACUCGCUUGUUUGGCUUUGAAUAAUUGUCGCCUGGCGAAGCAGAGUACAAUAUACCGAAGGCGAUAUAAUAAGAUGUAUAUCAAGGUUCUGCUAA